AUGGAGGCAGCUCCAGACAAGCUUCCUGGCCCAUGGCUUCCUGGCAGGGGACCGCCGGCGGCCAGGAUGCCUUCGGCGGGGCGAGUGACCCAGGUUCCGAAUGGGAACGCCUACCAGCAGAUCUUUGAGGCCCAGGUGCAGCUAGUCCAGUCCCUGGCGGCCAGCAGGAAGCAGGCUGCGGAGCACCCUGUGAGCCUGAAGAGCGGCCACUUGCCCUUGAUGAGGAAGGUGGAGGCGUCCAAAGGAGAGAUGCUGACUCCCCGGCAGCAGAAGUGGGCACACAGCCUGCCCAACGACUGGGUCACAGAGAACCCUGUGCUGUACAGGGAAAAGAAAAUGGCCAGGAGGGAAAAAUCCCAAGAGAGCGAGAACACCAUCGCUGCCCGGGAAGUCCGAGGCCUUGGGGACACCAUUGUUCCUGAGAAGAUAAACACCAUCGCCCUUCAAGGGAGAGGCGACUACAAGAAGGGCAGCUAUGAGAGGGCUCUGGUGAACUUCCAGGAGGAGAUCGAGCAGAUCGGGCUGGAAAUGGAACCCCUCAUCUUGGAGUCGGGAACCCUUCUUUUGAAAAAGUUGGCUGAGUGUGAUGAAGACAUUGACCAUCUGUUCACAAAGGUGGAAAAUGACCCCAAGCUCCAGGAAUACACCAUACAAACGCUGUGGGAGCUGCAGGAUAAAGUAACAGAGAAGUGUGUGCUCCGGAAGCAGGGGAUUAAGGAGCUGGACGAAACUCUGCACUCCCUUGAGUUCUCAAGAGCUGGUAAACUGAAAGACGUGUUGAAGAAGUAUGUGGAAAUCAUUGAGAAAACAUCCUAUGUCAUGCUGCACGAUGUGUACAGACUGAUGAACAAAGAAGCCAUGAUCAUAAACCAGGCCCUGCUGGGCAACCGGAGGGCCAUCGCUCAGCUCUUCCUCAACCUGAUGGAGGCCACCCUGCAGCAGGAGGUCCGCGUCCACCGCCGCUGGCAGGACCUGGUGGACACCUGGAAGGCACUCAAGAAGGAGGCUCUGGUGCAGAGUUUCAGUGAGUUCAUGGCCAGUGAGGAGGUCCAGUCUCCUCCAGCUGUGAAGAAGGAGCUGGAGGCCAUGAUGAGAACCCAAAAGAGCCUGCAGUGCAAGCGGCUGGAGCAUCUCUCCAGGUUCUGUGAUCUUCUGCCUCCCGUUUAUAGCAAAGCUCGUCUGACUGAAUGGUAUUCUUCUCUCAUUGCCCUGAAUAAGCAACUGGACACCUACCACGUGGAGUGCAUGGCGCGUAUCCACCUGCUGUAUGAGAAGACCUGGCAGGAGUGCCUGGCCCAGGUGCAGACGUGCAAGAAUCAGCUGCUGGACUGGAAAGUCUUCACUGAGGAGGAGGCCGAGAACCUGGUGAGCCCGUCCUUCUUCCAGAUGGUGGGCGUGCUGCAGAGCAAGGUGGAGGAGGAGCUAGAGUUCAUGGACAAAUCCUUCGAGGUCCUGGCAAAGCAGACGGAGUGGCAGAGCCUGGAUCUCUUCAACUACUUCCAGGAGGCCAUACGGCUCUGGGAAGCCCACCAGAACAUGCUGUCAGUGCAGGAGCUGGAGCUUGAGAGGAGGAUGGAGCAGCAUCGGCAAAAACAGAACCAGGAGAACCAGGCCCAGGAGGCUAACCUGGAUAAACUUUUGGACCAACUGAGGCAGCAAAACCAUGAGCAGACACUGAAGCAUCACCUGGAAAAGGCCAAAGAUUUUCUGAAUAGCAUGAAAUUAAGGUAUGAAUGUUUCCACGUCAUCCUGACGAAGGAAGUGAUGGACUACCCAGCUAUGAUCCUGAAGGAACUCAAUUCCUACAGCUACUCCCUCAGCCAACACUUUUUCGUUCGGGAAAUCUUUGAACAGAACUUGGACGGGGUUGUCUUUGUCAGACUCAGGGAACCAGAAAUCCACGAAAAGCACAUUCAGGAGAAGAUGCGAAAGCUGGGGAGAAAACAAAGAGCUUCCGCUGAAAGGAACAAAAAUGGGGAAAGUGUAAGUAGCGGGCAGAGUUCCCCCAGGCCAGAGGCAGAGACGGAGGAGGUGGAAGGAGAAAAAUACAGAGAAACCCAGUCCUUCAUGAGCGAGGAGCUGUUGAAUCAGCCGGAAGGGUCUCUUCUGUUCGACGAGGUGGACGAGUCCGGAGAGGGCUCUGCUCAGGGAUUAGAGGAGACGCGGGCAACAGAGAGCUCCUCAAGACCGUCCCCAACCGAGGAGCACGUGAUGGCUCAGGAGGUGGAGGAGGAGGAGGAAGAGGAGGAAGAUGAGCCUGCGUCUGGGGAGGAGGCUGAGUCCCAGGAGGAAAGUGUGAGGGAACCCUCCAGCCAGGUCGUGGAGUCCUUCGUCACCUCCAGUGGGAACACCUAUUUUGUCUUCGUACCCCUGGAAGAGGAAGAGUACAGCCAGAGGCCCCACUCCUGCCUCUCGUCCGCGCUCUCCCAGGACACCUGCGAUACUGAGUUCCUGCAGCACGUGGUCAUUCCGUCCAGGCUGCUUUCAGAAAUUAAGAGGCAACUUCGGGUUGGCCUGUUCAACCACCUCGAGAAGUGGUUUGACCAGUGCGCUGUUAAUGUCCGGGUCGUCGUGGCCACCAAGAUCGAGGAGCUGGAGUCAGAACUGGAGCUGCGUAUGCACCUGCACGAGCCCCGAGCCCAGCGUAUCGAGAGAGACAUCCACAACGUCAGGGCAGCCGAGCUCUUGCUUCAUGAAGAGCGGGUGGACAGUCACUGUGCUGGCGUGGUGGAGAUGCUGAAGAAGGAGCGGCUGAUGUUCUGCCGGUUCCAAGAAGAACAAAACGCGAGGAGCAAGAACUUCUGCCACAAGAUCCACGACAUGGAGCACACCUUCCUGAACGCCUCAAGGAGUGACAAGCUGAUCAUGCUCAGCAGCACGCUGCACCGGGAGCUGCUGAGCUACGUUGACGUCGUGCAGGUGUCCCUGCGCAGCUUCCGCCAGUACCUGGAGGAGAGCCUGGGCAAGCUGCGCUACACCAACAUCGAGUUCAUCAAGCAGUGCAGAUUGUUUUCGGAGGGAGGCAACUUUUCUGCUGAAGAGAUAGACUCGCUGCGUAACAGGCUGGAGGAAGAAGGCUCCCGGAUAGAGUUUGUUGAGAGUCUAAUCAUGACCAACAUGGAGAAAAUGGAGAGUGAAUACCUGGACCAGGCCAAUGAUGUCAUCAGUAAGUUUGAAAGUAAAUUCCAUAAUCUGUCCGUGGACCUCAUAUUCAUAGAGAAAGUCCAACGCUUGCUGACAAAUCUGCAAGUGAACAUCAAAUGUGAGGUGGCAAAAUCCAACUUGCAAGCAGAUGAAUUAAAUUCUUCUCUGGAGCAACUGAAAAGCAAGAUAGAAACCUGUCGCAGCUCGAGAGAGAAAAAUACCGUGAGCGUAGAGGACGUCCUCAACUUUGUCCGAAGUUGGAUCGCAAAGAUGAGCCAGAGAGUUCGGUACCUGCACUGCCACCUGGAUCUGGUGACUGUGACUCAAGUGGUGUUCACUGACAACAUUGUGACUGACCCAGAGGUGGAGAGUGACCAUUUGGUGUCAUCAGAAGUCCUUGAAGAAGAGGCCAAGGUGGACAUGGUCACCCCAGAAUCCUUUGCCCAGCCCAGCCGUGUGGGGAGGUCCAUGAUUGAGGACCCAGUAGUGGAGGUGGUCAAGAGGAUCCUACAAAUUCCCAACACAAAAGCCUCAGGCCAUCUGUGUGAAAGAGAUGUAUCUCAGACAGGUAACGCCAAGGGGCCUGGUGGUCUCUGGGCAGCUGGAAGGGGAAGUGCGGCGUCGCGUGGCCCCUCCUCACAGCCCGUCUUCUGCUCUUGUCCUGCGUACUCAUCACCCAAAGGCUUGAAACGACCUGGGCGCAGGAGGGAGAACUCCCUGAAGAAGGCCUUGUCUGCUGCCAGUGCCACUUCAGUGGGGAGCGUCGGCCGGCACUCCAAGCACAACCGAAUGGACAAGAAGUUCCAGGUGCUCGGGGAUAAGCCACCGCCUCCAGCCCAGCAUUUUAAAGGAACCAUCCUGACCCUCCUGUGGGAGAGCAAUGAGCAGCUGCUGAUCGUCAUAGAGGAAUAUUACCGCAAAGAGAGGCGCCCAGUCACCAGGCCUGACUGCAUGUAUGAAACCUUGGAGCAGUGCGCGGAGAACAUUGGCAAGAAGAUCCUGGAGUACCAGAGCCAGACAGACGAGUACCACAACUCCUGCCUCGUCGAGUUACGGAUUCAGCUGAGGAGGUUUGAGGAGCUGUUGCCCCAGGUGUCUUGGCUCGUGACAGAACAUUUCAAGGAGCACUACUGGAGAAGGUUCUCCAGCUCCAUCAGUGAGAUUUGGGACCAGUUCCAGGAGCAGCUGAUGCAGCUGGAGAGAGCUAAGGAUGAAAACGCCCAAAAGCUCCAUCCAAAUCUCGGACACCCGACAAACUUCCAAGAAAUGGAGUCUCUGUGCCAAGUGGAAGAGAAAAGGCAGGAAGCGCUGGAUACUGUGAUUGAGACAUACAAGGAGAAGCUGGAGGAAUUCACCAGGAAGUACAGCCGGUUUUUCAUAGCCACCCUGGCCAACUUCACCAAGAAAUUCCUGCUGCAGUUGGAUGAAGUGGUCACCAUCGAUGACAUCCAGGCUCCAAAGAUGGAGCCUCCCAAGCAGAAAACGUCGAUCCUCAUUCGGAGAAAGCUUGCCGGGCUCUCCUUGGAGGAGGAGCGAGAGAAGCCCCUGAUUGAGAGGGGGAGCAGGAAGUGGCCGGGAAUCAAACCCACCGACUUCACCAUUCAAAACAAGACUCUCCUCCAGAAGACCCCAUCCACAGCCACCACCAAAACGACCCUGGGCCACCUGGCGGCCGUGGAAGCCCGAGACGCUGUUUACUUGAAAUACCUAGCCUCGCUGGAGGAGGAGAUGAAGAAGAUGGAGAGGGACAACGCGUUGCGGGUGAAGGAAGCCCUGCGCUGGAAGGAGAGCUGGAAGCGCUCCGUGCACACCAUCCGGGGCCUGUACUCCCAAUUGGAGGAGCAGCGUGCCCCAGAAGCUGGUGUACUGGAGCACUCAGCGCCCAGCGUGAGCUUCCAGGACAGCUUUGCUGGAGAGGAACUCGGCGAGACACUGAAUGAUGCCACAACCAAGCCACCGUGGCCCCUGUGGUGCCUCCAGUGCGACAGGUGGCGGCUGCGCACCAAGUUCAUGGGGCAGCUUCUAAAGCGCGUCUCCCACCCAGAAGCGGCGGCUCGGUUCGUGCGGGGAAACCGAAAGUGGGCGGCGGCCGCGGCGGCGGCCCUGGCGGAGACGGCGGCGGCAGCUGAGCGCAGAGGCGCUGGGACGGGCCGUGGGCCCCCGGAACUAGGUGAGCACGGGUCCGGCGGGCUCCGGGCUCGACAGGUGCCGGACAACGUCGGACGAGGUUUCGGGCGGACUCUGCCCAAUGGAGCAGCCCAGGCAGACCGCUAA